AUGGAUCUCUCUGCACUCCCUCAAGGGAUUUAUAAACUAAUAAAUCUACGACACCUUCUCUUUCCAAUCCGUUGGGGUAAGAUUUCAAUUCCUCAAGGAGUGGAGAGAUUAACCGGUCUUUGGAUUUUGAGCGGUUUAAUUGCAGGAAGAGGAUCAAGUAAGUUGGGAUAUUUGAGAAAACUAAACCAACUUCGAGGAUCUCUAGAACUUUUUCUAGGAGAGUCGACUGAGUUAGAAGACUUGGUUGACGCUAAGAAAGCAGAAUUGAGAAAUAAGAUAUACAUUCAAGAGUUGAGCUUCUAUUUUGGACGUCGGGAGGUGGGGGUGGACAUAAUGGAGGCUCUUCAACCACCUCCAAACCUGCAUUGUUUAAGAAUGGUUGGAUACAAGGGCACCCAAUUGCCAGUAUGGAUCACCACGUCCCUUAACUAUUUAAGGGUGCUUCGUUUCGUAGGAUUUUAUAAGUGCUCAUAUUUGUCCCCGUUGGGAAAACUGCCGAUGCUUGAGAAGCUUGAGAUAUCAUUCAUGUGGAGCAUGAAAUACGUGGGCAAUGAAUUCUUGGGAAUAAUGGAGACUAUCCAGGAACUACCGAAUGCGGGACCUGCAUUCCCCAAGUUGAGGAAGUUGUGUUUUGAGCGUUGUCAGGAGUGGGAAAAGUGGGAGGAUAUAACUGGGGAUGAAAAAGACCAUCUCUUAAUAAUGCCAUGUCUCAGGGUGUUAAAAAUCAUUGGUUGCGACAAGUUAAAGGCAUUGCCACAUUGCCUCCUCCGUAUGGCAUCGUCUCUGGAGCAUUUGACUGUCAGGUCCUCCUUAGGUCUAGCUUCGCUUUAUGGGGACAGGACUGGAGACGAAUGGGACAAGAUAUCUCACAUUCCCCACAUUAAGGUAGAGAGUUUGGAAGAUAUAAACAGGAGAAGAUUGCUGCUUCGCAAUGAAUUGCUGUUUCGCUAUAAAGUGAUCGAAGCGGAUGGCUGUGAAAGUGGGCAGAGUAGUGGAGAUACUUCUGGCGGAUCUUUGUGUUGA